GGCCCUUUAAGACGGAUAAAGACAACAGCCCGCACAAGCAGAGCGCAUCGAUUGCUGCCGCGCUUUACAUCAGCGUUCACAGCACUGCUGCAGGAGGGAUUCACCACCAUUGCGCUAUAAAGGUUCAUUUAUAUGAAGUGUACGUAAACGUUUUUAAAUGGCGGGAGGAGAAAUGUGACACUGUGCUCAGCCGGUUUGCUCUCUGGUGCGUAAUUGAUUCGAAUCCUCCAGAGAGUCCUCAGGGAGGGGAAUUCUGCUGCUUUUGAACUUCCUACCGUUGUUGCUUCAGGAAGUCCUGUACACCAGCCAAACAGUGCCCCCGCCUCCGUCUCACCCCAGAGAGGUUCACUUAAAAAAAUAAAUAAUGGAAGACAAACGCAAGAAGCGGAGCCCAAAGGUGUCUCUUCCCCAGCCCCCUCCUCCCCCCAUCAAUCCCCGCAAACUCACCGUCCUGCCUGCCAGCAAAAGUGCCACCUUCUCUCUCGGCCUGCCACAGCCCCCCUCCCCCAAGAACAGAGGCAAGUACAAGAGAUCUAUAGGAGCGCCAGGACAGCCCAAAGAGGUGUUUACAGUCGUUGUACCGCCACCAAAGAUCACCAGGCCCCACAAGGAGAAGCCCAGGGCCCCCCAGCCUGCAGGGCCCAGUAAAGUAGUUCAGUCUUCCCCCCUGCAGCACUCCUUUCUCACAGAUGUCUCAGACGUGAGAGAGAUGGAGGGAGGCCUCCUCAAUCUUCUCAACGACUUCCACUCAGGCAAACUACAGGCUUUUGGUAAGGUGUGCUCCUUUGAGCAACUGGAGCAUGUGCGCGAAAUGCAGGAGAAGUUGGCACGCCUGCACUUUAGCCUCGACAGCCACGUGGAGGAACUUUCAGAGGACCAGAGGAAGUGUGCCUCCGACCACAACCUGGAGCACCUGCUCUGUAACCUGGAGGAGCUCAGCACCUCAAUACAAAAGCUCCACUUGGCUGAGAACCAGGACCUGCCCAAGACAUCUGGUCCCUGACAAAGCGAGGUGCGGAGGAUGGCGACCAAACACUCAUCUUCUCUCAACAUCUAACCAGUCCAGGUUGCCAUGGCAUUGAUCCCGCUGCCUUAGUAACAGAAUGGAAAGAUCUAGAGGAGGAGGAGCUAUUUUUCCAUUUGGUCAUUGUAGCAGAGGGAGCAUAGCGACUCAAAGCAGCAGAGCAUUAAAUGAACACUCAACCAAAACCAUAAACCCCUCAUUCAUGGCACAAGAAAUGAUCAGAUGGUUUACUGAACAGUUGUGUUGGAUGAAAUAUGUUGUGUCUAAGUUAUCAGCAUGUUCCUGGCAUCAACUAACUUGGCUCCAGUUACUAGUUACAUCAUUGGGAACAAAUAAUUAAAUCCAGGUGUAAACUUUGGUUCUCUAUUUGUGUUCCAAUUUUCAUCGCAAAAAGCCAAUUUCAUGACAGCUUAAGAAGUUGUGCUGAUUUCAUAGUAUGCCUCGUCUAUUGCAUCGUUUCAUAAGGCAUGUGUACCUGUUAGCAAAUUUGAGCCAUACUUAAGUAGCAAACAUAUUUGGCACUUGUCGACAACACCACUGUGGUUAGCUCAGAACUUUAAAAGGGAGUUUUCACUUUUGCUAUUAUUGUGAAUAAGCAUUUUUAUAGCUUUGCUUUUAAAAGUUUAAUACUGGGAAAUAGACUGGAUUUAGUAAAAGUUGGGUGAAUCUUUGCUAUAACUGUGCAUUUUAAAGGGACUAUGUGAGAAGUUACAAAAUGUAUGUUUGAUGAACUUGAAAGUACAAUGGUUUAUGUUUCUACCAAUGUGUAGUCCAGCUACUGUAUUUGUUGACACUGAUGGGAUAAAUUGUGUCAGUGCUUUAUCAGGGUUGCCUUUAGGCUUUGUUUUUGUGGAUGAUGGCUGGCCCAGUAGCAGCAGCCCUCCAAGCACAAGCUAGUCAACCUAACUACUGAAAUGCUGUAAAAUCACCUACUGUAACACGGAGGUCACGGGGAGUCUGACCCGACAAGACAUUCACUUGUCUCUCAUGAUACUGUGCUGAAUAGCACAUUCACAGAAUAAUGCAGCUGGCAUAAAUCUGUACAGUACAAUUUUAAAAGUGGCAGCUACUUUUAUAGUUAAACGUUUAGGGGGUAAGAUUAUGAUGCUCAUUGUUUUUAAUUCCAAACUUGGCAGCGAAGCCCAAGCCAUAAUAUUUUAUCCCUGACCAGCAAGUUCAAGUGAUAAUGUUUUUCCAUCUGAAACGUCAAAGCAUGUCAAAUCAUUGGUGUGUUUGGUUAUUAAAAAUGUAAUAUGAGA